AUGCCGGUUCCUAAGAAAGCAGAAAAACUCCCACCUUAUGAGCCGAACAUAGCUGAGCCAACAACAAGAGCCGACUUCAUGAAGCACUGGUUGCCUCUGUCUUUGGACGAUAAAACUGCACAGAAGCUGCUGUGGAUUUCUGAGGGCGGCUCAAAGGUGGCUCGUACAGCCGAUGCAGUCUGCCCGUACCCCAACAGGCCGGAAAGAUAUGAACAUGCACCUCAGGUGCUUUGUAAAGAAGGGCUCCUGGGCUGCCGGGGGUACUGGGAGGUGGACUACGACGGCUGGGUGGUGAUGGGGGUGGUGUUCGAGAGCGCGCCUCGGAAAGGCCAGGAGGUGCCCUGCGGCCUCGGGGAGAACAGCUCCUCCUGGGGUGUCGGCCCAUCUGGCUCUUACUACCAAGUCUGGCACAAAGGGGAGAACACAGACGUCCAGAUGCCGUCAUCCUCCACCAUGGGCAUCUACGUCGACCAGCCGGCCGGCAUCAUCAAGUUCCUCUCGGUGGAAGGGGAAGCCGAGGAGGAGGUCCGACUGAUCCACAAGUUCAAGGCCAAACUGGGGGAAAAGGUUUUUCCUGCGUUCUGGAUUGGCACAAAUUCAUUCUGUCUUCUUCGGAAAACGAGGGCAGGGACUCAGGAAAACUAGCGUGAAGGGUUGAUGGAUUGUGAUGCUU